AAUAAACCUGUUACUUGUUCCUUUGCAGCCUACGCAUGCUGACGCAGCUCCCCACCGGAACUAAAAAUGAGAUUUUCCAGUUGCCAACCUCCGUCAAUUUCUGUUGCCAGAUGAGCUUCACUGAGAACAAGACUGAACUUCCAAAUGUUUACAGCUGUAACUCUGAUCUACUACUGAUAGUAUCUGCUGCUACUACUGCCCCCCUCCUUUAAUCGGUAAACUACAGCUCUCGAGGUGUUUAUCAAACGGAAUUUACAUGAAAUAGCCAGCAAUAAAACUUGAUAGCCAAAUAGGGGUCUUUGUUCCGGCAGUGUGGAUACAGUGGUCAGAAUUGAGAAAAAAAACUUCUAUUUAAAUGUUUUUGCAUCUUUGCGAAGUAGUGAAAUUCAGCUCAUAGUCCUACAGCUGCCGAGAAGCUGUUGCGUCAGUGUCUUUCUCGUUCUGACGUUCCUCCUGUUUUCACCGGAGCUCAGUUAUUAAGAAGGGUGUUACGCAACCGACGACGUCGUUAGUUGGAAGCUCCUUGGUAGAGUCCAUCCCUGACGCUCUGGAGUCAACAUUCACACACAGUACGAACUGUAGGAUCCACCACGGUCAGUUGUCAGUGUUCAAGCACUAUAGCCGAGUCCGACUUGAAAGAAAUGCAGGCGGUCGGGAGGCAGAGGGGGGAAAUUCAAGUGUGUUUUGGUGACGUCAUUUAGUCACUAUGUUAGUAUGAGGGGCUCGUGAAUGUAGCCGGUCCAUUCAAGUGGUUCAGUGACCGCAGGCCCCAGAGGUCACCAGACACGCCACACCACAGAGCGAGAGAUGCAAUGCCCACGAUCUCUUGGGAACGUUAAAGAUAAUACGAUUUGAUUUAAAAAUGCCGUUUGAAAACCGAGCCUCUCAGUGCCUGAGUGCCUCACGUCGGCUUGCUAUUCUGUGCGGUACAGAGCUGUCCGGUCCCACAGGUGUGCAAUGACUCCAGAGCGGAGACCAGGUGUCUCUCCCCACACUGUGGAGGCCGGUCACAGAUCGGUGCAGCAAUGGCAUCAUAUUAGCAGGGGAUGACAGCAAGAUGUAUGGGGUGGUGCCAAUACAGGACACUGGCGGCUCAAGGCCAUUAUUCUGUUUGUCCGAAAGACAAGAUCGUGAUUUUUAAUAGAUCGUGAGUGGUUAGAUCCUCAAGUGAAGAACCUUUCACAUGUCAGUCCGUAAAUCCUUAGUUCAUUCGAGCCACACUUAAUACGGUUAUCGAGAGAGAUUUAAUCUACAUUUUAAUGAGUAAUACACCUCUAACUAAGAAUUGUUAUGAAGGUAAAGGUUUUUCGAUAAAAAAAAAACUUAGUACACAUUGGCGUGUAUCACGCGUUUACCAUUCAGAUUUUUUUUUUCGGCGACACCCUCAGCUGUGAAGGAAGUAUAACUUGAGAAGUUCCAAAGAAGCUGGUGGAGAAAGUGUUGUUUUUCCCUGCGAAGUGCGCUGCCCCCGAACCCGUCUUUGUGCUGACGUGUCUGGGUGCAAACCGCCCCACAGAUGAUUAUAAAGUAGCCAAACCGCUUCCCUCUGAAACAGAUGUGUUGCAGUUAAACAAGGGAGCGGAGGGCGAGGGAGACGCCGGGACUCCUGCUUCGCUUGUAGCAGCAGAGCCAAUUGCGUUGGUGUGUCAGAGUGCCAAAGCUUUUCUAAUAUAAAGUUCCCUGGGCGUCCACCGCCUUCAGAGCCUCGUACGAGUCAGGGGAGGUUAGUCCUCCAGGGGAUUAGUGAGGCUGGAGUAAACUACAGCAGCGAAGUUCUCUCAGCAGUCCGGUCACUUUUCUUCUCUCUCUCUCUCGUCUGCCGUACGGAAUACAGCAUGAACCUGCACCCCAUGUGGCAGACUCCGCUGGCCGUGCCCGGAGGGAGUCGGCAGUCCCCCAUCGACAUCGCCCCGAAGGACAGCGUGUUCGACCCCCACCUGCAGCCCCUGAAGAUCAAAUACGACCCCAAAACCUGUCAGCAGAUCUGGAACAACGGCUACUCCUUCCUGGUGGAGUACGAUGACACUUCCGACAAAUCCACUAUCAGUGGGGGCCCCCUGAAGGACCAGUACAGGCUGUGCCAGUUCCAUUUCCACUGGGGGGAGAACAACGCCUGGGGCUCGGAGCACACCAUCGACCGGAAGCUGUUCUCAGCGGAGCUCCAUCUAGUGCACUGGAAUGCAGACAAGUACAGUCUCUUUGAAGAAGCAGUCAUGGAAGAUGAUGGCCUUGCUGUAGUAGCUGUGUUUCUGAAGAUCGGUAAAAGGCACGAGGGUCUUCAGAAGCUGGUGGAUGCUCUGCCCACUGUUCGUCACAAGGAUAGUGUGGUAGAGUUCACUCGGUUUGACGCCGCCUGCCUGCUGCCCACCUGUCAGGACUACUGGACGUACCCUGGGUCUCUGACCACACCCCCCCUCACCGAAUCUGUGGCCUGGAUCGUCAUGAAGCAGCCCAUCGAAGUCAGCCAUGACCAGCUGGCGGUGUUCCGGAGCCUGCUGUUCACGGCGGCGGAGGAGGAGGUGCAGAAGAGCAUGGUGAACAACUUCCGCACGCAGCAGCCCCUCAAGCAGCGCACCGUGCGCUCCUCCUUCACGCCCUUCCUGCCGGACGCCCCGCCCGGCGCGGCCCAGCACUGACCCCCACCGGCCGCGCGGUCGUCCCUUCGCCUCCUCCCCGGCUCCCGCAGGGCAGCCUCUCCGGAACGCCGGGGGUGGCGCGGCACCUGCCUCCAAACAAGAUGGCGGCCGGGCGUGGCCGCUGGCGCCCCUUUUCAUCUCUGCAGCCGCCGCUGCCUUUCCGAAGUAGCUUCAUUUCAGCCCCAGCAAGUGCUAAUCAUGUUUCCUCUUGGCUGCUUACUGUGCAGUAUGUGCACCCACAGCUCAUUUGGCUGAGAGAUGUAGCAAUUAUUUCAGCAAUGGCAUAUAUUGCGUUACCUUUAUUUUCUACGUGACUUUAAAUUCCUGUAUUUUUUUUUUUUUUUAACGAGACGGAUGAGUGGAAGCCGUCGGAUGACCCGGCUGUCAUUUUUAAGUGGGUCAUCUGCUGAGAGGCCGUCGCAGGGCUCUGGCGAGGCUGCCUGCGAGGACGGUUCCAGAUGUUUGGGCACAGCUGGGGGAGGCUGUGGAAGAGCUGUACUGCCGUUUGCUGGAAGGGGGGGGUUGUUUGGGGUGCAGUUACACACAGACGGGACCGUGUUUAAGGGGAUGGGGACUCGACUGCCUUACGAAUAUUAAACGUGCUGUGAGAUCUUGUGGUGAGCUGUGCCGUUCUGGGACUGGAACCCUUCUGUGGAAUUGCAUGGAUGGUAGAGAGGGGUUAUUUCACACUAGAGGGGGGCAACAGUUUGAUAUGUCAAGUCAAAAUUUUAAAAAUCACAGGGGGUUUCUAUAAUAUACAGUAAAACUAUAAAAGCCACAGUGACGCCCCCUGAUAUUGGCAUUAAUAUCCAUUGUAUUCACGUUUACACUAUAGGACCGGAGGCAGUUACAUGUGCAGCUGGUCAGUACUUCAGUCCUCGCAUUCCAAAGUUACAGUUUACAGUAACGUGUGUCUUAAGUAGUCCACACCCAGAAGGAGUGGGCUUGGACUUCUUUUUCACUCUGCCACUGGUGUCUGUGCAAUAUUGCAGUCAGGCUUCCAGUCCUGUGGCUUCUAAUUCUCCUUGUAACGUCUGUAAAAGAGAAGUGCCUUUUCUGCAGAGGAAAGUGCAAGUGAACAGUGCUGAGAUGAUUGUCACACAAGAGUUUAGCAGUAUUCACAUUACGCUUGUAUCAUGUACACCAUCCUCCAUAACUUCUGACUGUCAGAAAUCUGUCCCUCUCCCUAAAUAUCAUGGUUAUUAUUAAAUGUAUUAUCAUUUCUAAGGAGUCAUUUAAAAGGCAUAUGUAAUCUAGACUGUUUAAGAAAAACGCUGCUGCGGUGUCAUUUCAGAGUAACUGUGUUGUUUUUCCAAUUGUGUUGUGUUUCUUAAUUAAUGUUGGUUAUUUCCCAGUGCACUGCACUGCUAACAGAAAGUACUGUACUUUGAUGUAAAAACAGUUUGCAUUCCUUCCAGCCUUACAAUCCAUCGCUCCUUUUUAAAGGUCUCGCAAUAUUGCUUUAGUAAAAAACCAAUUCAUUCAAGGCUGCUGCAGUAAUGCCUAGAUGCGGGAACAGCAAACACUGUCACUGCAAUUCUAAGCAUAGCUGUCCUUUAAUACCUGAUUAACGUCAUCGGUGGAAUAGAGAUCUUUGCCUCACUUGUCUGUAGAAAUAGCCAUAAUUAGAGGGUUGUGCUGUAUGUUUUAGUGUAACUUAAAUUGUCCAUUUAAGCGGGAAAUCUGUUGUUCUGAAUUCUUCAGGAACAUUUGGAGUGGUGAGAUUAUUUUUUUGGAUGGGGCAAGAAUGGGUACUGUGGGCAUAUCCCUGCUCUCUGCUGGGUCUCUGCACCCUCAUUGUAACCCGUUGAACGGGCCUCAACUGCCACAAUGCCUGCAGCUGAGCGUGCUUUGUUCUUGGCUCUAAUGAGGCGUGUCCGAGGUGUUACCAGCGCUUCCGUUUUUCCUCAGUCUCCACGUUGAGCAGACUGUAUGGAAAUUACCCAUCGCAGAAUCAACAACCUGGGCACAAAAUUAUAAUACUUGUCUUAAAAGCUUUAAUGUUCGUUAGUAACUUAGCUACCGAAACACUGCUUUGCAUGUGAUGUGAGGCAGCCAGCUCAUCACUGGUCUGUGAGACGGGCCCUCUGUGUGGCAUAUGGGCUCAAGGUGUUUUCUUUCCUUUGUGCCCUGCAUCAGAUCACACGGUCAAGGCCUUUCAGCUUUCAAUACCAGCCGCAUAGGCCUCUGUUAGAAUAACGAUGGAGGUGAUACAGCAAAACCGCAUGCUUCUGGUAAGCCAUGCUAGGAUACUGUGGUUGUUUUAAAAAGAGUUUCCGUUUUAUAUCCUCAGCCAGCAGUUUCUACACGGACUGACUUCUCCACUGUCUCAGCCCAUGUGUACGGGAGGGUGCACUACCUCUGUGCCUCUGUCACAUGCGGGCAUUUUUUCAGAGGUGUCAUGAAAUGAAUAGAAGCUUUCAGCGCCUCGGAGACGAGAGCCAUUGGGAGCUCGGUGCACAAUACCCUCAGACAAACUGGCACCAGCGCCGACUUGCCCCUGAAAAGCUGCCAGGGAUGAACAGGGUCACGUGCAGGAGGGCCUCCCACUAACCUGGGUGGAAAGCCAGGAAUCUGCUGCUCUCCUGCUUGGCAGGAACACCUCUUUGAAGCCCUCCAGAAGACUGUCGAAUAGGUCAAAUGGCGUCUCCCUCUUUGGAUGGGAUGUGUGGGCUGUGUUCUGACAGGGCAGGGCUGUCACGCUACAGGGGCGUGACCCUAUCCGGACAUGUAGGUUCAGGCCGGAUCAGAGGUGCCCUGGGCAUUACCAUGGAAGAGCUGGUGGCUCCACCCUGUCUUUAAGAAGGGUUGGCAGGUUCAGUCUUAAGAGGCUUGGAAACUAAUGGAGCACUGCAAUUAACAAGAGAAAGGAAGGGAAAGCUUUUGAAAUUAGGUGCACACAUGCUCUCACGGUCCAGAUUUUGAAUGUAUAAUAUGACACAGGAGCAAGAACUUUAUUCAUAAGGUGUUGCGAUGUCUGUAAAUAUACUCAACUCGCUAGGUUGGCACAACUGCAGAAAAGAACAAGCCCUUUCAGACCAAAAGUCCUGUGAGGCAGAUUUCAGGGAGGCAGCAUUGAAGCUUUACUUUACAGGCAGCUGUGAAAUUAUAGGCUUAUUUAAUUGCUGGGGGCUUUGCUGAGUGCAGGUUUUGUGUGUGAAGUGUGGUGUUGACUUACAGAGGAAAACUUUUGUUUCCUUAGUCAAGGUAAUUAAGCCCUUAGAAGUGAUAAGUCAGGUGAUGUACUAGUAAAACUGCUUAACUCUCUGUGAAGACAAACCACAGUAACAUGUCUCGUUAAUGCCCUAAAUCUCUCAACAGUCAACUUUCAUUUUAUUUUUUUUAUUUUGUUGGAAUUGCUCACUAAAUGAAUCCGAUGUUUUUUUUUCUCUUAGGAAAUAUAUGUAGAUUGUAAUGCUCCCGGUUGUGCAGUACAUGUCCUCCAGCCAUGUCAAAAGAGGUUUGAGAGGCCUGUGAGCAGAGCAUGUCACGCUACCACAGAGUUUCUGAAAGGAGGGCGACCUGGAAGUUUUCCAGAAGGUUUGCAUGGGUUAAGGGAGGCCUGGAGACUGAUGGAGACUUGGAGCUGCCCUGGAGCGGUUUCCCUGGGAGUGAC